GUGAUUGGGAGAAUAUGAGUCGGAAAGUAAUUCCUAGAAUACAAAGGAAAGCUAAACAAUCGCUUCCAGUGCCAUUCAGUUCAUUGGUGGCGAGCGAAGUGUGCAGGCGCAGGUCGCUACCACCACACCGACACUCCAGUACCACUCGCCUAGCGCGCAACAUGGCGGCCCAACAGUGUUUGCCUUUUCUCUGCGUAAUUCUUGCCGGAGCAUUGGCUGAACCUGCUCCAGGGAGGAUUCCAAAAGUUUACAAUGCCUUGAUAACGUCAAAUCAAAACUUGGAACCGAGUAAGGCUUAUCCAGUAUACCAGCCAGUACUGCACAAUGCGUUUCCAUUCCCAUACCAACCUGUCUUUUAUGGAGAUCUACCUUUAGCAAAUGGUCUCAUUCCUAUUCCUGCGGCAGCUCCUAAAGAUGCAGGUGCAAAGCCUGAAGAAUCAUCGUCGCCAAAAUCAGAGGCUCCAAAGGAGUCGGAACCAGCGGAAAAGCCUCCUCAGCCACCAGCACCGGAACCAAAUCCAGCUCAAGAAGAUGACAAACCCACUCCAGCACCAUCACCUCCAGAACCCCCUAGAACAGAGUCACCGAUUCCACUCAACGAAUUCGGUCUGCCACCACAAAUUUUGCCUAUCGGAGCGGGGCACUUUAGUCCCGCUUAUCAGUAUACGCCAUUUGGUUUCCCUUACUCAUACCCUGGUCUACGAUUUUAUGAUCCUUACAAUCCUUUCGGGUUCCACUCAUAUGCUGGAUUGCCGGGAAUACCAAUUUACCAACCGUUGACAAACAUUUUAGGUGCUGGUGCGCCAAUCCCAGCUUUAAAAGCAGAGGCUGCAGCGGCUUCUCCUGCGUCCUCCGAUCAAUCAUCUCAAACCCCACCCCCUGAACCGAGCGACCUCAACGUCCUCAAUUAUUCCUCUAAGGAUCCAGCGAUUCCUAAUGUCCCACCACCUCCCCUCCCACAAGGUGGUUUAAAAACGAAUGUAGAGUAGUUGUUACUACUUACUAACAAGAUAUGAUUUCAUAUAAUAUCUCUGUGUUAAAUGAUCGAUCGUAAUAUUCAUAAUAAAUGAUGACGUGUAUUUUUACACCCAGUAAGUAAUGCCUUAUAGUGCAUUUUUCGUAUACUUAGUAUUAUUAUGAACACAAUUUGUGAAUAUUUUUUCUAAUUUUAUUUCGUAAUUUUAUAAAUCAUAACUUCGUAAGCUCAAAUGUU